AUUCGAUCAGAAAACCGGGCGAUUCGAGUUAAAAGAACCGGACCGGUGUCGACCACUUUAUUUUGCCCUUAGGGCUUCUUUCUCUUCGAUUGUUGAAGGAUAGUAAUUCCAGCUUCCACGGCGGAUAUCGAAUCUAAUUGGGUUGCAACAAAGAGGAGAAGGAUAUACUUGUUUUGGGGGGAGCGCGCGCUCAGAUGCAGAGACUAGGGAACUUUAAGCUGCCUCAGUUCUUCAAUUUCCCACCUUUCUUCACUUUGCAGCCAGUGAAGGAAACACGUGAGAAGCAAGUGCAAGUAUGGAAGCAGCUGCUACUUGAUUACUGCAGAAGUCAAAAGAUUUUUGUGAUAGGAUUGGAAGAAGAUUUCCCUCUGUUUUCUAAUCCAGUCAUUGAAAGAUCUUUAAGCCAUGAGGCAAGGGAGGUAUUUCUUUCUGCUCUGAUAAGUGAAGGUCAUGCCGAAUGGAUGGAUAAAGAUCAUAGGAAAUGUCUGAUGCUUUGGUUAAGACUCCAGGAGUGGGCUGAUUAUAUUUUAAACUUUGUGAAAGACAAUGGAUUGCAGGAUGGUGUCAUGACCAUUGAAGAAAUGCGAUCAGGAACUGAAACACACGGUACUGAGCUUGCUGGGAUAGAUCGGGGUUUGCUUCUGCGUGUUCUGAGAUUACUGGAGCAGAAAGGUAAAGCUACAAUAUUCAAAGGGACUUCAGCAGAUGAUGAUGGAGUAAAAUUUUCUGUCUAAUUGGGACACUGUUUUCCAAGCCACCUGUUAAUUGUUUCCAUACGGUGCUGGAACUCUGAUUCUUAUUGUGAUCAUCCUUGCUUUCUUUAUGGUAUACGUUUUACCUUUUCAGGCUUAAAUGAACAUUUAUUUGCUGCAGAUACAUCUCUGGUUAUUUGAAUGGGAUCAAGAUGUAAAUCAAGCUUUUCAGAUGUAUGCAUACUUGGAAAAUUUAAUCUGUACCAAGUGAUUCUGGGCGUGAAACUGUGAUGAUAGUGUAAUGAAACUUGAGCUGUUCUUCAGCACACUAUAUCGUUUGUUGAUUUAUACCUGAGUUUUAUGCAUUUGUGGUUGGAUAGAAAACAAGAGGGCUUCGGAUUUAGCAACCACGUUUCUUUUUCUAGCAUAGACUUGAUUCCAUCUAAAAGUUUGUAAUGGUCGUUCAUUUGAGGGACGCCAAAUGUGUUAGUGAACGUUCUUAUUGAAUGAUUGGAUAUAAAAAAAUUGCUUAAAAAUAGUUCAUGAUA